AUUUCGUUGGCCCAUCAGCUCCCGACGCUUAGUCAGGGCCGGCUAGCCACCUGACCCUAACCGGAUGGGGAUUGGGCCAAGUAGGGGAUCGCAUCGAAUGCGAUAAUGCUCGUGCACGCCGUUGGACGGGCGAGGGGUGUCUUUUGCUGUCCCUUCCUUCAACUUUCUUGGUUUGCACAGCAUGCAGUUAACAUCGCUGUCGUGAUGUAACUGGCUUGUUAGCUGCUUUGCAGUCGAUCGCAACUCUAUUUAAAGGUUCGUGCUGUUCAGAAUCCCUACUGUUAACCCGUAUAGGGAGGUUAUCUUCAGCGCCCCGUUCCUCACAUCAAAAUCGUACAUGGCUUACUGACGGCCCUGAUUUUAGGUUGCUUACAUUCUUUAACUUGACCAUACUCUCGGCCUUUUCCUAUUUCUUUCCCUCUCGUUGUCGCUGUCACUCCUUGACCAACUCUUAUCCCCGUUCUGAUAUUCGCGCGAUUACAGCGACCCUUGGAUUAUAAUAUAUCCCUCUCAAUAUCCCUCUCCUUCAUCUAGCCACAACAUGUCACUCAGCAUUAAUUGCUAGCGACACAACAACUAUUCAUCUAGAACGUCAUGGCAUUCUCGUCAGCCAACUCAGAAACAAGUGAUGCGCCACAUCCAGGGCCCAUGCAACAUGCGCUAGGUAUUCCUCGCCCGCCUUCCGUGGGAGGUAUCUCGUCUCGGGUCACGGAGGAUAUGGCUUCUGAGGAUGGUGAUCAGUCGCAAUCAAAUACCGGAAUCUCCUCUCACGCACCGCACCGGUCACGGCCAUCUGUAUCUAGUAGGCCAGGUCCUCCCCCUGUGAGGAGUUCUGUUAUCAGCCAAGCAACAAACCGACCAGGAAGCAGACUGAGCCGGAGUCACAUUCCUUCAUUGGCAGCGCAAGGCUUUUUUCGGCCCCUAUCUUCUCAGCGACUCCAAGCACAUCGAGGACGCCCUAUGACCAAAGGAACAGAAUCAUCAGAAGAUUGGGGUGAUCACGCAAGUCAAAAUAGGCGCAGUUUAAUAUCCAACAGUACGCUUGCUCAAAGCUCCAUCCCACAGGAGCAGGAGGCUCCUCCAUCUCGAGGGACGGAAUUCACUGACCCUAUUAUCCCUGACCGCAACACUUCAAACGCCAGUCCCAUCGGUAAUACAACAGCGCGAAGUAUAGGCGAAAGUGCUAAACUUCUGCGUGACAAAGAAAGACAUAAUCAACCUUCUCAACCUCAUCUCAAUUCGGGUGUGAGCGCUACUAACCAGAGCGGUCAUGACAUUUCCCAAAGAUCUCCUCUUUCUUUCUUAUCCCCACCAAAUAGAAACGGCGGUCAAGAGCAUCGUGAUAGUCGGAAUCACGAGCGCCUGUCAUCAGCCGGCUCGUCCCCCGGAUCUAUUGAGAAACAGAGUCGAACGGUAAGCAAGAGCCGUCUGGGCAAGAACUAUGAGUAUUUCCUUGGCAACACUAUUUUCUGUGGUGGUGGGAGGUUUCAAAACUCUCGGGACAAGCCCGUCAAUAUUGCGACUGGGGUAUUGGUAGUUGUGCCAUCAGCUUUGUUCUUUGGGUUCUCGGCACCUUGGCUUUGGCACAAUAUCUCACCCGCUAUUCCCGUAUUGUUCGCUUAUCUCUUCUACCUAUGCUUUUCCUCCUUUUUACACGCCUCUGUCGUUGACCCUGGGAUCAUUCCUCGUAAUCUUCACUCGAUGCCACCACCAGAUCCGUCGGAUGAUCCGCUAGCGAUAGGUCCACCAACGAAUGACUGGGUGAUGGUUAAGUUGGCGACCUCUGAGGUUGCAGCAAUGGACGUGCCAGUGAAAUUCUGCAAAACCUGCAAUAUCUGGCGACCUCCGCGUUGCUACCAUUGCCGUGUCUGCGACAGUUGUAUCGAAACACUUGAUCACCAUUGCGUCUGGCUUAACAACUGUGUUGGCCGCCGCAACUAUCGGUAUUUUUUCACUUUUGUGGGCUCGUCCACACUCCUCGCCUUAUUUUUAAUCGGCGCAAGUCUAGCACAUAUCCUCGUAUAUCGAUCACGAGAGGGCGUUUCUUUCAAUGAUGCCAUCGAUAAGUGGAGAGUGCCUUGGGCUAUGGUCCUCUACGGAGCCGUUGCGGCUCCGUAUCCAGCCUCUCUCUGGGCCUACCACCUAUUUCUGGUUGGCCGGGGAGAGACCACUAGGGAAUAUCUAAACUCCCACAAGUUUGUGAAAGCGGACCGUCAUCGGCCUUUUACUCAAGGAAAUAUUCUAAAGAAUUGGAUAUCCGUCUUUGGGCGACCACGGCCCCCGACAUACAUGCAAUUCAAGAAGCCAUAUCACGAGGGUGACCAACGUUUAAGCAUGGUGAAACGGAAAUACCUUCCGCGAGAUGUUGAAGCUCAAGCAGGCAUAGAGAUGCAGCAUGUCCCUUCGGGCCAGCCGCAGGACUGAGGACUGUAACGAUACUCUCGAAUACUCCAUGGAGCACCCACCUGGCACCAUUCUUAUAUAUAGGGCUCUUCUACCUUUCUCCACGCGUCAGCCAUCAUUAGUUUCUGCCUUUCUUUCUAAGGAUACAUUCAAAUAUUAAUGGCUUUACGGUCCUUCAUCAUUCUCUUUCGUCAAAUUUUUUUGGGGGGUUCAUCUAGCCUCUUCUUACAUGUAUGAAUAGGAAUAUCUUCUUGUC